AUGUCUAAAGCUGUCGGUAUUGACUUGGGUACUACGUACUCCUGUGUCGCUCAUUUCGCCAACGACCGUGUGGAAAUCAUUGCCAACGACCAAGGUAACAGAACCACUCCAUCUUUCGUUGCCUUCACUGACUCUGAGAGAUUGAUUGGUGAUGCCGCCAAGAACCAGGCCGCCAUGAACCCUUCCAACACUGUCUUUGACGCCAAGAGACUUAUUGGUCGUAAGUUCGACGACCCAGAGGUUCAAGGUGAUGCUAAGCACUUCCCUUUCAAGAUUGUUGACAAGGGUGGUAAGCCAAACAUCCAGGUUGAGUACAAGGGUGAGACCAAGGUCUUCACUCCUGAGGAAAUCUCUUCCAUGGUUUUGGGUAAGAUGAAGGAGACUGCUGAGUCUUUCUUGGGUACUACCGUUAACGAUGCCGUCGUUACCGUCCCAGCCUACUUCAACGACUCCCAGAGACAGGCCACCAAGGAUGCUGGUUUGAUUGCUGGUUUGAACGUUAUGAGAAUUAUUAACGAGCCAACCGCCGCCGCUAUCGCUUACGGUUUGGACAAGAAGGACGACCAAGAGAAGAACGUUCUUAUCUUCGACUUGGGUGGUGGUACCUUCGAUGUUUCCUUGUUGUCUAUCGAGGAUGGUAUCUUCGAGGUCAAGUCUACUGCCGGUGACACUCACUUGGGUGGUGAAGAUUUCGACCACAGAUUGGUUAACCACUUUGUUAACGAGUUCAAGAGAAAGAACAAGAAGGACCUCUCUUCCAACCAGAGAGCCUUGAGAAGAUUGAGAACUGCCUGUGAGAGAGCCAAGAGAACCUUGUCCUCUUCUGCCCAGACCUCUAUCGAGAUUGACUCCCUUUACGAGGGUGUUGACUUCUACACCUCCAUCACCAGAGCCAGAUUCGAGGAGUUGUGUCAGGACCUCUUCAGAUCCACCUUGGACCCAGUCGAGAAGGUCUUGAGAGACGCCAAGGUUGACAAGUCUCAGGUUCACGAGAUUGUCCUUGUUGGUGGUUCUACCAGAAUUCCAAAGGUCCAGAAGUUGGUUUCUGACUUCUUCAACGGUAAGGAGCCAAACAGAUCUAUCAACCCAGAUGAGGCUGUUGCCUACGGUGCCGCUGUCCAGGCUGCUAUCUUGUCUGGUGACACUUCUUCCAAGACCCAGGACUUGUUGUUGUUGGAUGUCGCCCCAUUGUCUAUGGGUAUCGAGACCGCUGGUGGUAUCAUGACCAAGUUGAUCCCAAGAAACUCCACCAUUCCAACCAAGAAGUCCGAGACUUUCUCCACUUACGCCGACAAUCAGCCUGGUGUUUUGAUUCAGGUGUUCGAGGGUGAGAGAGCCAAGACCAAGGACAACAACUUGUUGGGUAAGUUCGAGUUGUCUGGUAUCCCACCAGCCCCAAGAGGUGUUCCUCAGAUUGAGGUUACCUUUGACGUUGACGCCAACGGUAUCUUGAACGUUUCUGCCUUGGAGAAGGGUACUGGUAAGACUCAGAAGAUUACCAUCACCAACGACAAGGGUAGAUUGUCCAAGGAGGACAUUGAGAGAAUGGUCUCUGAGGCUGAGAAGUUCAAGGAUGAGGAUGAGAAGGAGGCUGCUAGAGUCCAGGCCAAGAACGGUUUGGAAUCUUACGCUUACUCUUUGAAGACCUCUUUGGGUGAGGAGCAGCUCAAGUCCAAGUUGGAGGAGUCCGAGGUUGAGUCUGUCACCAAGGCUGCUGACGAGACCAUCUCCUGGUUGGACGAGAACCAGACUGCCACUACUGAGGAGUACGCUGACAAGCAGAAGGAGUUGGAGGGUGUUGCCAACCCAAUCAUGUCCAAGGCUUACCAGGCCGGUGGUGCCCCAGGUGGUGCUCCAGGUGGAUUCCCAGGCGGUGCUCCAGGUGCUGGUGCUCCACCAGCCGACGACGGUCCAACUGUCGAGGAGGUCGACUAA